AUGGCUACCGACAAGAUUACCUUUCUCACUAAUUGGCAAGCCACGCCCUACCACGCACCCCUCUACCUUGCCCAAAAGCUUGGUUUCUUUGCCGACGAGGGCAUCAAGGUCGCCAUCCUUGAGCCAAACGAUCCGAGCGAUGUCACCGAGAUUAUCGGAAGCGGAAAGGUGGACAUGGGAUUCAAGGCCAUGAUUCAUACUCUGGCCGCCAAAGCCCGCAACUUUCCAGUGACAUCCAUUGGCUCUCUUCUCGACGAGCCAUUCACUGGGGUCGUCUAUCUCAAGUCGAGCGGUAUUACUACCGACUUUCGCACCCUAAAGGGCAAGCGCAUUGGCUAUGUUGGCGAGUUUGGCAAGAUUCAAAUCGACGAACUCACCUCGCACUAUGGAAUGAGCCCCAAUGACUACACGGCAGUCCGCUGUGGCAUGAAUGUCAGCAAGGCCAUUAUCGAAGGCACCAUUGACGCCGGUAUCGGCCUCGAGAAUGUCCAAAUGGUCGAGCUGGCAGAAUGGCUCGCCAGCCAGGGCCGUGCCCGCGAUGAAGUGCAGAUGCUUCGAAUCGACGAGCUGGCUGAGCUGGGUUGCUGCUGCUUCUGUAGCAUUCUCUACAUUGUCAAUGACACUUUUCUUGCCGAAAACCCUGAAAAGGUUGAGAAAUUCAUGCGCGCUGUCAAAAAGGCAACAGACCUUGUCCUUGCUUCUCCCGCCGAUGCGUACAAGCAAUACGUCGACAUGAAGCCAAGCAUGGGCACCGACGUCAACUUUAAAAUCUUUGAGCGCUCCUAUGCGUACUUUUCCAAGGAUUUGCAAAACGUGAGCCGUGACUGGGAAAAGGUUACCAAGUACGGCAAGCGUCUGGGUGUCUUGCAGCCCGACUUUGUUCCCAACUACACCAACAAGUACUUGACUUGGCCGUUGGAGGGUCCGUCGCAGGAUCCCAUUGCCGAUCAAAAGGCCAUGGCAGAGUUGCAAAAGGAUGUCGCUUGCUGUGGAGGCUUUCGCCGUUUGCCUCUUGCCCUUUCUACUGCCUAG